CGAACCCCGGGGCUUCUUCUCAUUUGGGGAAGUCGCGGCGGCGGCGGCGGGGGCGGCGGAAGCUGCGCUGACGGACGAGCUGAUGGACGAUAACGGACUGAAGCAUCGUGGGACCUCAUGACGUCACGUGGGAGGGAGACACAAGCCACUGAGUCCUGAUGUCUCCGAGAACCCGAGUGGCCCUGUGGACGGCGCUGGACCGAGGGAUGGCGUCAUCGGAAGUGUUCAUGCCCCCACCCCAGAACAUGAGGGCACCUCAUGACGUCACCAGGAUGUCCAUCAUCUGGACCUGGGCGGCGGACAGUAGGUGGUUGAUGGACAGGUGUGGGCGCCACGAUUUCCCGCACUGCGCCUUCCGGCCUGGACUGUGCCACAGCAUCACGGGACGCAGUGAUGGAGGCCUUGACGGUCAGACGCAGCCCUGAACCAGAAGUGGCCAAAAGGACCGGCUUCUGUGGUGGGAGCCGGGCGGUGAUGACAUCACUGGCAGUGGCCCUGGACCUCCCGGAGGAUGUCGGGAACUCAUUUCAUCAUGGGGGGCGGGAUGGGCACAUGUUGAGGGCGCGGGACAGCCGGGAACCUGGAAGUUACCUGCAAGCCCGCCUCCCCGGGUAGGGGCGGGACCUGGGCGGAGGGAGUUGAGGCCCAUGGGAUGCGGCUGGCCUGGUGGGCGUGGCCGUAUAGUCAGGACAGCUGCGAUGGACACCGCCCCGCCCACUUUGUCAUCAAGCGCUGGGGUCAGGCCACUGUCAGGUUCCCCAGGUGUCUCGUGCCACUUGUCCCUCCCUCCCAUGAUGCUUCACUCUCACCCUGGUAGAGACCCCGUGGUGUCCUGAUGCUGUUGUCACACUCUGACGUUGGCACUUGGUCUCCAGUGAUGUCAUCACUUCCCACAGUCAGCACCCCUGAACGUCACACUGCGAGCCCCUGAACGUCACACUGCGUGCCCCUGAACGUCACACUGCGAGCCCCUGAACGUCACACUGUGCUCCCCUGAACGUCACACUGCCAGCCCCUGAACGUCACACUGUGUGCCCCUGAACCCCUGAACGUCACACUGCGAGCCCCUGAACGUCACACUGCGAGCCCCUGAACGUCACACUGCGAGCCCCUGAACGUCACACUGCGAGCCCCUGAACGUCACACUGCGUGCCCCUGAACGUCACACUGUGCUCCCCUGAACGUCACACUGCGUGCCCCUGAACGUCACACUGCGUGCCCCUGAGCCCCUGAACGUCACACUGCGAGCCCCUGGAGCCCCACCGUGCACUCCCUCCCUCCCCCCACCAAUCCUUGAUCAACAGUCAAUCAACAAACUCCGGCCCCGCCCACCUCUCCCAGGAAUCCCCAAGCCUGGUUCCUGCCUGUGUCCUGGAUGCAGGUGUCAAUCACCCAGGAGGGCAGGGCCCCGGGCUCCUGCUGUCAUUCAGCCUGUCAAUCACCGCGCCCGUUCCUUCCCUCUAGGUUUUCCCAACCUGCAGAUGAGGAAGCUGGGCGGGAGUCGGGACAGACCGACAGACAGACAGCCGUGCGGAGGUCCCUGCGGGCCUCCCAGCUCUCCACCACGGCUCAGGGCUGCUCACCCUUGAGCCUGGGCAGGAGCCCCGGGAGCGGGCCGUCAUUGUGGGCAAUCCCCUGCCGUCAGUGUCGCAGCCAUGCCUACGCCGCGUGCGGCCUCGCUGUGCCGGGCCCUGCUGUGUGCUGCUCUGCUCCAGGCUUCCGGCUCCAGGGCACAGGAGCUUCCAGCACUGACUCGCGGGGGAGCCUCGGUGCUGAACGUGACCUUUGACCCCGGGACCUGGACCCUGACGUGGAGCUGCGGAGAGCACGUCACCGUGAAGUCAUGCACUGCAACUUUCACCAAGAGUAACGGGAGACUGGGGCGCCUGAAGAUCCUGGACCCUGUGUGCCGCUGCCAAUUCAAACCCCUGACCCUUCACCUUGGGGUCACGCUGGAGGUCAACGCAACUGUUAAUCACACUCGUGUGCAUGAGAAGCUGAGAUACGUCAACAGAGGUGCAGAGGGCUCGGCAGCACAGAACCUCACAUGCUUCAUCCACGAUGCGCGUGCAAUGACCUGUACCUGGGGGGUGGGGCCCGCGGCGCCUAGGGACAUCCAGUACUUCCUGCACAUUCGGAACACCACGGGUCACAUGCUGAUGGCAUGCCCUGCCUACCUGGGUGAUCAUGUGCACACGGGCUGCCGCCUGGAGGAUCUGACUCUGCUGACACAACAUGUGCACGUGACUGUGACCGGAUCCAGCCGGACGUGUGACAUCAUGUUCUAUGACAUCACGCUGAACACCAAGCUCAUAGAGCGGCUCAGCCCCCCAUGGAACAUCUCCGUGGCCUGUAACUCCUCCCACUGCGUGGUCACAUGGUCCCAGCCACGGACGUGGAGUCACAUGACUUUCUUGGACUUCCAGUAUGAGGUGGACAUCCAGAGACAGAACACAGACCCCGGAAGUGCCAACCCUAAGGUGUGCAUCUCCAGUGAGCCGGAGAACAGAUACGAGUUCCCGAGCCCCGCGCCCAGGCCGGGCCACGUGGUCCGCGUGCGUGCCGGGGACGUGCGCAGCGCCCGCUGGAGCGCGUGGAGCCCCGGCGUGGCCUUCGGCUCUGAGGACCCCGGGGUCCCCACGCUGCACGUGUACCUGACGGUGGUGACUGUGACCCUACUGUGCGCCUUGGGCCUCGGGCUGGCAUGCAAGAGGUUCGUCAGGAUCCAGGAACUUUUCCCCCAGAUCCCGGAAAUCAAGGACAAAAUCACCGAUGAUGACAGAGUCAACCCGGAGACCCUCAGGAAGGACUUACUGCUGCAGACCGAGGAGGCCGACUAGGCUGUGACGUCAGCAGGAAGUUCUGCCCACACUGCAGGAACACGUGGGCAGCUCCACGACACCCGGAAGUAGUUUUGAAUCUAAAGCUGUUUUUCUCUCGUUUGUGGCUUUUUUUAUUAAAUCAGAAAUUAACGUCA